AUGUCUGAUGCUGAGAAGACAAUGAAUGAGUUGCAUGCUAUGCUGGUUAGUACAGAGAAGCAAAUCCCCAAGGACGUUAAGAAAGAGGUUAUUAUGGUCCAGAAAGGGAAGGGGUUCAAGAAGAAGGGGCAAGGGGCAAGUGCCAAGAGCAAGGGCAAGAAAGUUGCCAAGGCUCCUGAAAAGCGCAAAGCGACUCCAAUGCCCAAACCUACAAGUGAAAGUGAUUGCUUUUACUGCAAGAAGAAAGGGCAUUGGAAGCGCAACCGCCAGAAAUACCUAGACUACCUCAAGAAGAAUGGAGCAUCGGCCUCAGGUAACAUGUUAUAA